ACUGGCAAAGGUCAUAAUCAUGGCCUCUUAAAGCUGGACAACUUCGUAUAAUAAGAACUUAAAUUUACUGAUUUGUUGCGAAUGACUCGAAAAAGAUAUCAGCAUCAUGCGGAAACAGUUUUAUCGAGUGAAACAGUUAGCUGACCAGCGUGUAGGAAGGGCUGAGAAAACUGAGCUACUUAACGAAGACUUGCAAGAUGUUGAGAAAAAGGUUGAAAAAAUCCGCCAAGUCUGUCACAUCACAAGCAAAAAGCUCAAUGCUUGCCUUCAAAGCACAGGAUCUGACGUUGAUAAACGUUUGAAAAAGCUACCUCACAUGGCUUUUGCGCAAAGCAUGGAAGAGGUCGCCACAGUGAUAGGAGAGGAAUCAAUUCUUGGGAAUAUGGCUAGGUUAUGUGGGGAUUCUCAAAUGAAAAUUGCUAAGGAAAUUGCCGAAUAUGAAAUGGAUGUUGAGAAGACAAUAAUCACACCGUUUCAAAAUGUGGUAGAGAAUGAUAUUCCUUCAAUAAAUCAUAAUAAGAAGAAAUUGGCAAAAAUUGGACUUGACAUGGAUACAUUGCGGUCAAGGUAUUAUGCAGCUGUGAAAAUUAAGGAAGGGAGCAAUACAAAAGAUUAUGCGGUUGCCGAAUCCAAAGCUGAACAACUUAAGAUGCAGUAUGAAGAGGAAAUGACGAAAUUUGAAGCUGCAAAGGAUCUUUUUACCACAGAAAUGCUCACCUUAGUCUCAAAAGAACAAGAGUAUGCCGAUCUCAUUAGAAAAUUUGCUCUGGCACAGUUGGAAUUUCAUCAAAGGGCGGCCGAACGUUUGGAGGAAAUUAUUCCUUUGUUUGACAAAGAAAUGGGAAUCGUUCGAACGAACUCAAGCACAUUCGGUUGUCCACUUGGAAAACAUUUAGAAAGUACCAAACGCGAAAUAGCUUUAGUUCUUGAGGAAUGCGUGAGAUAUCUAUACGAACACGGCUUGAAUGUUGAAGGGCUGUUCAGAAUAGCCGGACAAUCUACAAAAGUGAAAAAAUUAAAGGUGUCAUUCGAUGCAGGUCUUGCUGAUUUGUCUAGUGAGGAGUACGAUGUUCACGCUGUGACAGGUGUUUUAAAGCAAUAUUUACGCGAACUUCCCGAACCUUUGAUGACGUAUGAACUCUAUCAUGAGUGGAUUGAAGCUGGAAGCAUCCGAGAUCGAGAUGAUCGACUGCAGAAUCUUUGGACGGUUGUGUCACAGCUGCCCAAAGCAAACAAGGACAAUUUGAGAUAUUUGAUGAAGUUUUUGGCCAAAAUAGAACAAAAUUCUGAAGUUGGUAAAAUGAACGCUCAUAAUCUCGCAAUCGUCAUCGCUCCAAACGUCAUUUGGUCCAUUGACGAUGACAAAUCGUAUAAUCCCGGCAACCGAAUGAACAUGAAGGAUACAGUGGUACUGACGGGGAUCUUGGAAGCACUUAUCGAACAUGCAGACUGGUUUUUCCCUGAAGAUGUUGACUUUACUUCACCCAAAACAGUGAAAGAAGUCCAUAGUCCACGUCGAAGUCUGAGAUCGUCCUCACGUAAACGAUCCAGCUCGGAAGAGUCACCAAAACAACCUCUAUUAUUAUUACAAGAAGCAUUGAGCGAGGUUGACGGCAUCCCUGCUUCCAGUGAGCCGAAUGGCAGUGAUAAUGAAGUAUUUGACCAACACUUCUAAAGAGGCAAUUGGAAGCAAAGUGCAAGACGAAAAAGUUGAGCAGCUUAUUGCCGAUCUCACGUCGAUAUCCAACGAUCCUUAAUCGCCGUGGCAAAUUUAACCGUUAUUCUAACCAAUUCCCUGUAGCCGUUAAAACUAACACGCUUAUCAAGCUGUUUUUAAUGAAAUUUUUGAUUGUUGGUUGGCUAUCCAUCAGAGUAAUAGUAUUUUUAUAUUAUUGUUUGAAUGGAAAGAUAAUUGCUACACUAUUUGCACUUUUUUUGUCCAACCAUGGUCCGUGUAAACGGCCGUAAUGUUUACAGAUAAUAUAAUAUAAUUUCAUUCUUGAAUAUUAAAGUCUAACACACAUUAUGCUAA